AUAAUAUUUUACAGCUUUUUGAGCAGAGUAGCUUUUCGUAUUACUGCAGUCCUCUUAGUAUUCAUACAAGACCAGAGCUGCUAUGACAUAAUUCCACUGUACAAUGCGAUGAAGAAGAAGGUGCUGUCAGACUCUGAUGAGGAAGAAGAGAAAGACACAAAUGUGCCAGGAACUUCCACUAGAAAAAGAAAGGAUCAUCAGCCGAAGCGGCGGCUGCGUAACAGAGCUCAGUCGUACGACAUUCAGUCGUGGAAGAAGCAGUGCCAGGAGCUGCUGAAUCUCAUUUUUCAGUGCGAAGACUCUGAACCAUUUCGACAACCAGUGGAUCUCCUUGAAUAUCCAGAUUAUAGAGAUAUUAUUGACACUCCUAUGGAUUUUGCUACUGUUAGAGAAACACUGGAAGCUGGAAACUAUGAGUCACCGAUGGAGUUAUGUAAAGAUGUGAGACUUAUUUUCAGCAAUUCCAAGGCCUAUACACCAAGUAAAAGAUCAAGGAUCUACAGCAUGAGUUUGCGCCUUUCUGCUUUCUUUGAAGAGCACAUAAGUUCUAUUUUGUCGGAUUAUAAAUCUGCCCUGCGCUUUCAUAAAAGGAAUACAAUAAAGAAACGAAGGAAAAAAAGAAGUAGAAGCAGCUCUGUUUCCAGCAGUGUUGCAUCCAGCCCUGAAAGGAAGAGGAGAUUGAUAAAACCUCCGCUGAAGGCAGAAACGUCUGCCACCUCUUCAUCCUCUGCCCCGGCACGGUCAGCAGCGCUGAGACACGCGCUGCCCCAGAUGAACGGGAAAGCGGCUGAAACCUCUUCCCUCGUGCGCACCAGGAGCAACAGGGGGGUAACAGACGUGGCUGUGACAGAGCAGCCGUCUACUUCGUCAGGAGCAAAGCCUUUAACGAUAAAGCCUUUAAUUACAAAGCCUAAUACUACUGCAGGGACAGCAAAGUCAGUACUGGAGAACUCAACCAAACAUUCCAAGAACCAGAAUACUGUAUCGAUCCCUAGCCAGUCUGAUUACAGUCACAACACCAGGAAUAACUCCACCAGAGAAAAUCCUGAGAAAGAGAAGCAAAUCAAGCGCAAAGUAAAAUCUUCCACUGUUAAUCAACAAGCAGAUUGCAAGAAUAAUGCUCUGGCAUCAGGAAGCAUUCAGGUAAACGGACACGGAGCACAGCCUUCAAAACCUCCCGUUAAAAGAGGGCCCGGACGCAAACCGAAGGUGGAGACCAAUAACAGUGGCUGUGAAGUGGUGCACAAGAAAAGAGGCAGAAAACCAAAAAAGCUGCAAAUGGUUGAACAGCAAAAGGUUGCGGAGCAGAACGCAAUCCAGCCCCCGAGGGAUGUUCCAGAAGAAGCCUCUGCUUCCACCGCAUGCAAUUCUCUUUCUGAAAACAAUAUGAAGGAAGACUUGAUACAAAAAAAAGGCCGUGGGGGUAGAAAGCCAAAAAGAAAGCUCAAGACUCACCAGCCAGGCUCGGACCUUUUAGUUCCUGCGAAUGUUAAAAUGCAGACGAGGAGCAGGAGGAAAAAGAUAGACGAGCCCAUGGAGGAGGGGGCUGAAGAGCUUAAAGAGUCUGAACCUCACAUGAGAACUAGAAACCAGGGUAGGAGGACAGCCUUUUACAACGAGGAUGACUCUGAGGAGGAGCAAAGGCAGCUGUUGUUCGAAGACACCUCCUUAACUUUUGGAACAUCCAGCAGAGGCCGAGUCCGAAAGUUGACUGAAAAAGCAAAAGCUAAUUUAAUCGGUUGGUAA